AUGACAAGGAUCGUCUUCGCUUUUCUCGGGUUAAUCCUCGUCGCCCACACGAAGAAGAACUUUCGCACAGGCGAUGUUCCAGUUGGAUUCGACAACUUCUCUUUAGAAGAGAGCAGCAACUACUCUAACGAAAAUGAUGUGAGGAAGAACAUAACACAAAUGGUGGAAGGGAUUGUUGCUACAGACAAUGACGCGCUUCAGAAAGAAAAGGAAGCGCAGGAGCUGGCCCGAACAAUUGAGUUGGAGCAACAGAAAAUACAGCAGCUGAAGGAGGAAAGAGAACGAAUCGCGAAGCAGAAAAAGGAACAGAUAGAGCGACUUAAGAAGGAGCAGGCGAUUGAGCAGGCUCGAAUAGAAGCCGCUCGGGCUCAGCGAAAAAGGAUGGAAAUGCUGGAAGAGCAACGAAGAAAACUGGCGGAAGCGAAGAAAGAACGAGAAAGGCAGGAGAAGAUGUUGGCGGAUCUGGAGCGACAGAAGCAACGAGAGAUUGAAAGGCUGCAGAAAGAAAAGGAAAAACAAAGGCAAAAACUGGAGGAGGAAAGGAGGCAUCUGCUAGAGGAAGAACAAAGAAGAAAGAAGGAGGAAGAAGAGCAGAAGAGAGAGGAAGAAGAAAGAAAACGGAGGUUAGAGGAACAAGAAGAAGAGGAAGAGAGGAGGCAUUCGCUAGAGGAAGAAAGAAGACAGGAGGAAGCAGAACAAACAAAAAUAGAGGAAAAAGGUAGGGAGCAGGAACACGAGGAGUAUAGGAGAGUGAAGGAAACGGGGAAGCAAAAAAGGAAGGAAAAAGAAGAGCGAAAGCAAAAGCGAGAGCAUGACAAAGAAAGGAGUACAAGGGAAGAAGAAAGAUUGAAACAAGAGCAAGAAGAGGAGCUUAGAGAAGAUCUACAGCGAAGACUACAAACGCAAAGUAGAAUUGAAGAAGGGGAAAAGAGAAGAACAGAAGAAGGGCGAGGAGAGAAAAUACCAGCAAAACGUGCACCAUUUCCGAACAAAGAGAUUGAAGUAAAAUUAAAGGAAGGGGAUCGUGAAAACUCGAAUAGAAUCUCGUCCAUUCGAAAAGUCCCUAAAGAAUUGGAGUACAAAAUAGAAAGAAGACGUCAGGAGCUGUUAACCAGAUUUGGCAGCCAGGCGCUUACAAACAAUUCUCAAAAUGAUAUUUGGAGAAAGUACACAGCAGCCAACGGAGUAGAACCCAAGGAGGAACGAGACACCGCUCCUUCAAUCGCCUCUUCCGUUGACGACAGCAACCAAGAGAAUAGUGUUGACCCUGCAUAUUUCGAAGAUACGGAGCGUUACAAUCCACCUGUGGAAUCCAGCACAUAUCUAGCGAUCAAAAAGAAACGCAAAAACAAGAAAAGGAAGAGUCGUCGCAAAGCACAUGGCACAAAGACACUAAGUUCGACAAAGUGGAAGCAUGGAAAGGAACUGACGUAUGACAAGGUUAGCUCAUUUUCGGUGUAUAUCGAAGAACAAGCACCUGCCACCUUCCUCGGAAAAUGGGCGGAGCCAUCUGAAGAGCCUUACCUCAAAGUCUUUCCUUCCAUGACACCAGAACCAUCAUCGCCCAAAACUCUCGCGGUUGUUGUACAGCCUACACUUCGAUCUGAAUCCAACUCAGAAGAUCACCACACUGCCCAUAAUACCGAAGUGGUUGUCAGUGAGCUUCCACAACCUUUUAAUAAAGAGCAAUACUUGAGGGAGUACUACGAAAAAUACUAUAAGGAGUGGUACAGACAACAUAAUGAGGCGAAUACAGUUCCGUCGGUUGGCGAGCUGCCUCAGAAUAGACGCAAAAUCAGCAUUCAACUGGGAAAAAACAGUGUAUCUGCUGAGGAGUCUGUAGGAGAGCCAGUUGUCGAGAAGUCGUAUGGUGAUCCUCCACAGGUCGAAACAAAUGCAGCUAACAUUUUGAGUGCUGAACAAUUGAACAGUAUCUGCGUGAAUAUACAGAAAACUACUCAAAGUUUCGGGAUUAAAGAUCCAAGGACGUUUGCGCUCAACAACUGUUCUUUAAUAAAGAUAUACUACAAACAAAUUGCAAAUUUUGCAGGUGACGUGCGAACAGAUCAAUCACGUGAUGGAAUACUGUGA